AUGGCUAGGUUUGGAGGAGGUGAGCUGAGAACGCCGAUUUUCAACGGAGAGAACUAUGAAUUCUGGAGCAUACGAAUGAAAACCAUCUUCAAAUCUCAUGGGUUAUGGGAAUUUGUUGAGAAGGGAGUAGAAUGCUCAGAUUCGAAGGGAACUGAUGCAAAGAAGAAAGAAAAAGAAGAAUCAAGCGAUGCUGGGAAGAUGACUCUCACAGAGGUGCUCAUGAAGGAUGCUAAAGCUCUGGGUCUGAUUCAAGGAGCAGUUUCUGAUGCGAUUUUUCCUUAG